AUGGUGCCAAAAGCUAAGAAGGAAGCCCCUGCCCCUCCCAAAGCUAAAGCCAAGGCAAAGGCUUUGAAAGCAAACAAAGCAGUGCUAAAAGUUCUCCCUGACUACCGAGUCGGCCAUGAAGAAGAUAGAAACAAUAAUACACUUGUGUUCAUUGUGGAUGUCAAGGCCAACAAGCACCAGGUCAAACAUGCUGUGAAGGAGCUGUAUGACAUUGAGGUGGCCAAGGUUAACACCCUGAUCAGGCCUGAUGGGGAGAAGGUGUAUGUUCAACUGGCUCCAGACUAUGAUGCUUUGGAUGUUGCCCACAAAAUUGGGAUCAUCUAA